CUAUCUUACCAACUGGUCCAUCCUCCCCUCGACCUCCUCGUCGUCUCCCGCACCCUCUGCUUACAGCUGUGCCUCUCCUCCAACAUUGCCAGCAUUACUAGCACUGCAGCCGGGAGACGCACGAACAAGAUUGUGGUCCUGCCCCCCAGUCUCCCUUUCACAUCGAGCGCAACCUCCUUCCGCCCAGCCUAGAUUGAACAACCAAUUGAGAAUCACACCAUGGCGACAGAACAAGCAGCAGAAGAGCUGAAGCAGCAAGGAGCCAUGGAGGCCUCUCGGGAUCCAGAGAGCUCUGUCACUGCUGAGGAUGCGGAAAAGAAGAUCCUAGAGGAGACCAGGAGUGCCGGCGUUGCUGCCUUCAAGUUCAACCCGGAUGCCAGUCCGGCUGAGAAGAAGGCGCAGGCCAGAGAGGCCGUUCCUGAAGGCUUCCAUUCCAAUCGGCGCAAAGGUGCGGCACUCGUCACCGACCGAGACGGCGGAGAACCCGAUUACGACAUCCCCGAGGACUCCAAGGCCGGAGCCAUUGAAGUUUCCAAAGAUGCUGGCGGGAGAGCUAUGAUCGAUGGGAAGCCUGCUGAUGGCGGGCCAGAGAUGGGGCCCCAGACUGGCUGGGCUCCUCAGUUUGGCUGGCCCGUCGAAUCUGCCAUGGAGGGCGAGAGCUUGCUGGAUCACCAGACUUGGCUGGAGGGUAAGAUCCCGGACAAGUUCUAUGGCGAUUGGUAUUACAAUGCUGCGGUAAUUGCUUUUGCCUGCAUCUCCUCAUGGUUUGUUGCCGUCCUCGGGGGUGGCCUCGGAUGGGUCUUCACCAUCAUGGCCUGUUGUGCGACCUACUACCGAACCUCCCUUCGGAGGGUCCGCCGUAACUUCAGAGACGACUUGAACCGCGAGGUCAAUCUCAAGAGACUGGAAACGGAUACGGAAUCUCUCGAAUGGAUUAACUCGUUCUUGGUUAAGUUCUGGCCUAUCUAUCAGCCUGUUUUGGCUGCCACCAUCAUCAGCUCUGUUGAUCAGGUCUUGAGCGGCGCAACCCCUGGGUUUCUCGACAGCCUGCGGCUCAAGGAGUUCACCUUGGGCUCCAAACCCCCACGCAUGGAGCACGUCAAAACGUACCCCAAGGCCGAGGACGACGUGGUGAUCAUGGACUGGAAGUUCAGUUUCACCCCGAAUGACACUGCCGAUAUGACCUCCCGUCAGAUCAAGAGCAAGAUCAACCCCAAGGUCGUACUUGAGAUCCGCAUCGGCAAGGCAAUGGUCAGCAAAGGCCUGGACGUCAUCGUCGAGGAUAUGGCGUUCGAGGGCAUCAUGCGGUUGAAGAUCAAGCUCCAGCUCGCCUUCCCUCACGUCGAGAAGAUUGAAAUGUGCUUCCUCGAGCGGCCGACGAUUGACUACGUCUGCAAGCCGCUGGGAGGUGAGACGUUUGGGUUCGAUAUCAACUUCAUUCCUGGUCUCGAAAGCUUCAUCCUCGAGCAGAUCCAUGGAAAUUUGGCGCCGAUGAUGUACGCACCGAACGUGUUCCCCAUCGAAGUCGCCAAGAUGCUCGCAGGCUCCCCGGUUGACCAGGCCAUUGGCGUGGUUGCUAUCACUCUUCACGGUGCUCAGGGUCUCAAGAACCCUGACAACUUCUCUGGCAACCCAGAUCCGUACGCCGUGGUCACCCUGAACAAGAGACAAGCACUGGCGCAGACCAAGACCGUAAAAGACAACCCGAACCCCCGUUGGAAUGAGACCCACUACAUCAUUGUCACAUCCUUCAACGAUACCCUGGAUAUUCAGGUAUUUGAUUGGAACGAAUUUCGCAAAGACAAGGAGCUCGGCACUGCGUCUUUCUCUCUCUCGAGCGUCGAGGAGAUUUACGAGCACGAGAACGAGCGUCUUGAGAUCAAGUCGGGCGGCAAGGCUCGCGGCGCCCUCAUGUGCGACAUCCGCUUCUUCCCCGUCCUCGAGGCAACAAAGGGCCCAGACGGUACCGAGGAACCCCUUCCGGAUACACCCACUGGUAUCCUGCGCUUCACUGUUGAGCAGGCCAAGGACCUCGAUGGGUCCAAGAGUCUUGUCGGCCAGCUCAACCCCUACGCCCAUCUGCUGCUCAACGGUAAGGAGAUUCACACUACCAAGAAGCUGAAGCGGACCAACAACCCAAUCUGGGACAACGGCACCAAGGAGAUCCUGAUCACAGAUCGCAAGGCUGCCAAACUUGGCGUCGUCAUCAAGGAUGAUCGCGACUUAGCUGGUGAUCAGAUACUCGGCACAUACUCGAUCAAGCUGGAGGAUAUGCUCGACCUGAUGGCCAAGGGACAGGACUGGUACAACAUCUCUGGCGCAAAGACAGGCCGUGUAAAGAUGCAAGCGCAAUGGCGGCCCGUUGCACUUUCUGGCAUUGUGGCCGGAACCGGAGGCUAUCAGACACCCAUCGGACUGAUGCGCUUUCAUUUCCAAAGUGCCAGGAAUCUGCGGAACUUCGAGACCAUGGGUAAAUCCGAUCCGUACGUACGAGUCUCUCUGUCUGGUAUCGAACGAGCUCGCACUGUUACCCACCGCAAUACGCUCAACCCCGAUUUCGACGAGGUUUUGUAUGUGCCUGUCCACUCUAACAGGGAACGACUUCAAAUCGAGGUCAUGGACGCGGAGAAGAUGGGCAAGGACCGUAGCUUGGGUCUUAUCGACAUACAUGCUGCCGACUACGUACAUCAGGACGAGAGUGGCGAAUACCUAGUCCAUGACCAGAAAUCUCUUCACGAUGAUGGCCUGAAGCUUCAUGGAAAGGGUACCCCGAAGGGCUUGCUCAAGUACACUGUCGCGUUCUACCCAACUCUGAACAUUGCGGAUCCCGAGGACGAAGAAGAAGAAAAGGAGCAAGAGAAGCAGGGUGAUACAGCAGUGUCGCAGAAUGGCGACGUCAAGGCUUCCCUAGACGUGCCACGACCUGAGAACCCUGGCAAGUUCUCGUCCACGGUUGGUGCUGCAUCUGGAGACGCAGACAAAGAUGCGGCCCGGCCCGUGACACCUAUCUCGCCUGUGUCCGCUACGAUGCCUCGGAAGUCGAAAGACGAGAGACAGCCACCAAAGAUACACCUCACUCCCCAGGAACUGCUCAAAUAUGAGUCCGGUCUCGUCAUCUUCAAGCUCAUGGACGCAGAGCUUCCACAGAGCAAUUCCCGUGUCGAAGUCUUUGUUGACGACAUGGCGUUCCCAUCUUACGUGUCCUCAACCGCCAAGUCAAAGACGUACACAUUUGAUGAGAUGGGCGACUGUAUGAUCCGAGAGCUAGAGUUCUCAAAAUUGACCAUCAAGAUCAAAGAGAAGGGCGGCAAGCCCGGGGAGGAUGAUAGGGGUGACCACACUCUGGCCCAGCUCACAGGCAACACUCUGGACACACUCAAGCAAUGUCUCAAUAACCCUACUACUCUCAAGAUGAAGGGAGAGGAUGGCAAAGUCAGUGCCGUCAAGGUCAGCCUCAAGUACAUCCCUAUCAACAUGAAGCUUGAUCCCAGCGAGAGCAUCAACAACAUGGGCAAUCUGAGAGUGGAUGUGCUGGACGCUACGGACCUGCCUUCGGCUGAUUCCAACGGCAAGAGUGACCCUUACUGCAAAUUUGAACUGAACGGGCAGGACGUGUUCAAGACAAAGGUGCAGAAGAAGACGCUCCACCCAGCUUGGAAUGAAUUCUUCGAGGUCCCUGUCCCUUCUCGGACCGCGGCCAAAUUCAGCGUCAAGGUCAUGGACUGGGAUUUUGCCGACAAGCCAGACUUCCUGGGCGGUGCUGAUAUCAACCUUGAGCAAUUGGAACCGUUCAAGGCACAAGAGGUCAAUCUUAUACUGGAUGGGAAAUCAGGUAACCUGAGGCUGCGGCUCCUGUUCCGUCCAGACUAUGUGACGAGGCAUAGGCAAGGCACGUCGACUUUCUCGGGCACCUUUGCUGCACCAGGCAGGAUUGUUACUGGCGUUGCAGGUGCCCCCAUCAAAGGUGCCACGGGGAUCGCGCACGGGGUGGGCAAAGGUGCAUCGUUCAUCAAGCGUGGCUUCACCGGCAGAAAGAAGGAUGAUGAUUCUAUACCAGAAUCACCAGCCGGUGGUCUCGCGGAAUCUCCUAUUCUAGCGCUGGGUGCUACGAACGGGCACUCCCGAACUAAGAGCUUUGGCGCUGCCUCCGCGAACAGUGGCAUUAUCCCCGGCGCUGGUGCCGGCACAGCGACAUUUACCAUCGUUUCAGCCUCUGGCUUCCCGCCAUCCUCGGAUGUGUAUAUUGUUGUGCAGCAGAAAGCGCCGAAGAGUAAGACCGUCGGCAAGACGAAGCACCACAAGGCCUCUGACGGCGUUUUCAGAUUCGGGGAGACCUUCAAGUGUGUGUGCACCCCGGAAGCGUCUUUCGCGCUCCAGGCCAAGGAGAACCACACCUUUAAAGGCGAUGAGGACCUUGGUGAGCACUUCUUGCCUAUUGGCAACGACGAAGAAAAGGAAUACCCGGUUGGCGACGGCAGCGUACUGGUGAGGUCCACGUUCGGAGGGUCCCUGAAGGGCAUGUUUUCCAGGGAGUCACUGAGAAUGUCGCCCGGCUCGCGGAGCCCGGAGUAAGAGGAGAGCUCCCAAAUGUUUUCCGAGUAGCGACUGUUUUGCCAUCAUUCGGCCUUCAGGCGCCUUUCUUUCCUCUACUCUUCUUUCAACGUUAAUCAUACUAUUCCCAGUGUGUCUUUCACGAUUCCUAUUCUGCCCGGUGUCAGGUCUUGGUAUGGGUUGCGAGGCAAAAACUUAAGCUUGUUCCACACUUGGUAAUUGAGAUGGAUGGACAGGCCUGGAACCAGAGCGCGGUAAUACCCAAGUCUGCCUUGGAGACUUGGCAAUCAUGAUCCCUAUUGAUGAUUUCUUUUCUUGUUUUUUCCCCCGUCUCUUUGUUAUCGAUGGCAUACCAUUAGCACGAUUGUCCAAUACCUACGAAUGAUAUAUCAUUAUCACACCAA